UAUCAAAAGCAUAACGUGCUUUCCAAACGUCACUAAAAUGGAAACAACAUUUGGAGUUUGGAUGCAAGAUGCAGCUGAACGAUUGAACGAUAACCACAUUUGGAUGGCUGGACACUUUUCAGGUCGAGUCUUGCAGGAGUACAAGAGCAUUGCAUCAUUUCCUAACGGCAGGUCUAUUGACAUGAGGAAGUUCUACCAGGGUUGUGGCCACAUCAUCUACAAUGGGUCUGUUUACUAUCACAAUGCAGGAACCUCGAAAGUUGUCAAGGAUAACCUGAAGACCAGGAGAUUACAGACACUGGCCAUUGAGGAUGCUCUUUACCACAAUCGAACCUAUCUCUUCCACAACUCCAAGACGUACUUUAAGUUUGCUGUGGACGAGAACGGACUGUGGCUCAUAUAUGCUUCAGCUAUCAGUGGAACCGUGAUGGUGGCCAAGUUAAACCAUAAGAGGUUUUCUGUGUCGUCUGUGGUUAGCACGCCCUAUCCUGUACCGAACGCUGGGAAUGCCUUUGUUGCAUGCGGAGUUCUGUAUCUGACUGACACCAAAGAUACAAAAGUCACACAUGCCUUUGACUUAAUGAAAGAGAAACCUUUGAAUGUAAGUUUGGAUCUCAGAUCAGCCAAUGGUAUAAUGGCCAUGUUGUCAUAUUAUCCCGAAAAUCAGCUUUUGUACAUGUGGGACAACAGCUAUGUGAAAAUAUGCCAGGCUUAUUUUACUUUGGAUCAAAAAAGUCUAGUCAAAUGUUGUGGUCGUAAAUAAAUCUUAUGAUCGUAAACAAAUCUUAUGAUCGUGGGAGACAUUCUGCCUAGGAGAAUACAGU